AUGGAGCCCACGGAUCCCCGCCAGCAGCACCAACAAAUCCAGCUCCCGCAGGCAGCGGCUGAUCUGAGCGCGCCGGGGAUCCAACGAGGUUGUGCGGCAGAAGAGCAGCAAGAGGAGCGACGGGACCAGAGGGCGGAAUGGACCGCGACGUCGAGGCAGCAUUCGAGCGGUGGAGAGCUUUCUCCACGCCGUCAAGCUUCUCCAACACACGAUCCAUCGCGGACGGGGCGGGACGCGCAGAACCACCUCGUCCAUACCCCCCCCCUCGACGCCCGCGAUGACCUCGACCACUUGCGUUCGAACGCGCGGGCGAUUGGGGGCGGGAUGAGGCAUGCUGACGGCGGCGUUCAGGGGAUCGGCCCUUGCGACGAGGAGAGUCGAGCCGUUGGCGCUUUGCAGGACGAGGCGAUCGAGGAGGCGAACGCGGACGGGAGGAAUGGUGAGCUGGCGAUCGGUGGCGAGAGGGAGGACGAGCGGGCGAACGGUGAUGGCGGGAUCAGCGGUCACGAGACCGGCUACGUGAUACGACGCGACGAGGCGAUCGUGGCGAACGAUGCAGGCGUGGAGAUCGUGACGACCGCGGCUCGAGGUUACGACCGCCACGGCGGCUCCCCUGCCUAUCGUCGCGCGCCUCAGACGACCGACGGCGAGGCGAUCGUGCCCGGGGCGCCCCAGCCUCUACGCCGGAGCGCACGACGGACGCCUGGCGGGCAUGCUCCUUCUGCGGCGGGGAUUUUCCCACUCGUGGAGUCAGAUCGCGCCGCAGAUCCUCGAAGCGGCGGCGUAUCUGAUCGGCAGAUGCCAGCGGAGCAACGGGCACGCUCGCAGCGGGACGCGCGGGGGGGAGCGGACGGGGAGCUGAACCGCUCUCCGCGAUGCGCUCCCGACCAUGGCCGCCGUCAGCAGACAUUGGAGCGCGGGGAGGAUGUCGCUCGCUCAGCGGGCGGUCGACGUGGCGGACGGAGAGCAGCGGGACGCGGAGGACACCGUGGACUCACUGACCUGUCCCCAGCCACCCAGACACCAGCCAGAUGA